AUGGCUGCAGCAGACAAGAAGCUCGUUUUUAUCACCGGCGGGAACCAAGGUGUAGGCUACGAGACGGCUAAGAAUUUGCUGCUCUCGUCUGCCGAUUACCUCGUGAUUCUCGGAAGUCGCGAUUUGACGAAGGGCGACAAAGCCGCGAAGGAUUUGCUGUCUACUCCUGGAGUCAAAGGCACCGCUUCUUCAGUGCAGAUAGAUGUAACAGACGACACCUCCAUCAACGCAGCGGCGAGCAAAGUCGAGUCCGAAUACGGGCGUCUCGAUAUCCUCGUCAACAAUGCUGGCAUCAUAUCGAUGGCCAGCCCGCCUACCACUGCCGCCUUUAGAAAAGUGCUGGACACGAAUGUUGUUGGGGCUCUAGGCGUGACUGAGGCGUUCUUGCCUCUCCUUAGGAAGACUGCCCACACGCCCCCGCGUGUUGUCUUCGUCAGCUCCAGCAUGGGAUCCAUCACUCACGCCGCCGACCCCUCUUCUCCUUAUUACAACCCUCACGGCACGGAAUACCGAGUCAGCAAGGCCGCAGUCAAUAUGCUCUUGACCAUGUACGCUGCUCGCCUGAAGCCUGACGGGUUCCUUCUGCUCGGUGCCGAUCCGGGGUUGUGCGCUACCAACUUCACUGGCGAUCCCACCUCUUUGAAGAACAGAGGUGCUGCGGAGCCGUCUGAUGGGGGUAAACGCGUUGCUACUGUAAUUAGGGGCGAGAAGGACGAAAAUGCCGGCCGUGUGGUUGGGGUUUAUGGAACUCUCGUCCACGCAUACAUCAACAAGAUGCGUUUUGCAGGCAAGAACACUCCCAAGUCCAACGAAAGACUUGACGACUAUGAACUUAUCGACGUCCCUCAGUGGUCCCAGGACCAACUUGACAGAAUGAUCGGAGAAGCGUGCGCCUCCCUCACCAAGGAGCUUGAGGCCAAGUUCCAAGCCAAGGCCGAUGAGACGAAGGCCCAAAGUGAGCGUGUCUUGAACUCCAAGGUCAUUGAUCUCAAGUCGCAACACGAGGUCAAGAUUUACGAACUCAACCGCAUUCACGACAAGGACGUCGCUGUCCUCAAGGCCCAGCUUGCGACACUCGUCAAGGAGCAGGAAGGCCUUAAGAAGCAGCUGGCCGCCUCCAAGGAAGCUUACAAGCGCAUCCAGAACCGCCUGGCCAACGAGUUUAUCAAGAACUAG